AUGAAAGCAGGGUCACAGAAAAAGACAGAAGGAGAAGAGAGAGUGAGCGUGCUGUGGGCUGCUCAUCAAUCUGAAAGCUAUAAAAUAUCCCCCCCUUAUUCACUGCUUGCUAGCUGUAAAGGACAAAGGCUCCCAGUACAGAUCAGCUAUUCUUUAUUGUCCCCAUUCUGGAGAGCUACAGCUUUUAUGGAAACCCUGAGUCAGCACCUGGAGUACCUUGGCCUCUGUGGAGAUCACAUAGAAGCUGAAGAAGACCAGAUCCUUGAAAGUCUGAAUGGGAUUCUCCUGGCUCUUACUGAAGAUAAGCAGAGAUCCUUCAGCCUACUUAAAGAGAGUGGGAUCUUCCUAACUUUGGCAAAAAUCCUGAAGGGCAAUCCACGAUGCGCAGUGAAAGCAGCCCAGGUGCUUUCAGAGAUAGCCAAAAAUGAGGAAAUGAAGAAGCCAUGUAUUGAAGCAGAUUUAGUUCCAACUUUGAUACCUCUGCUGGAGAGCACAGACCAAGAAAUGUUGCUUCAUGCUGGGAGGGCUAUUGGCCGUAUCUGCUAUGAUAAUCGGAAUCUUCAAGAAGACCUGGUGAAGGUAGGAGUAAUCACAUCACUAGUCCGAAUAUUAACCGAUUAUGCAGAGAGUGAACCACUUGUCCAUGUUGAUCUAUUGGCCUUAUGUAAUCUUGCAGAACUUGAUACAGCUAAGGAAGCUCUAAGCAAGACAAAGGUUGCUGAACAGCUGGUGAAACAACUGAGAAGAGCAGAGAACCAUGAGAGGCUAGAAAUUGUCUUUGAGGUCCUGCAAGCGCUUGCAGAAAAUGAUGCUCUGAAAGUGCAGUUGGUGGAGGCGGGCGUGCAAGAGGUGCUGUCUGAGAUCCUGCUGAGGCUCCAGGGUAGUUCACAAGCUGAAGAUACAUGCAUUGUGAAGGCUGCAUCAGAUCUCAUUGUCUCUCUGCUUCUUGGAGAUGGCAACUGUGUACGAAUGGUACAAGUGGGAGUCAUACAUCAGCUUCUGGAUCUUUUGGAGAAACACGUAGAGAGUGGGGACGUCUCUGUUCAACAUGCUGCACUCAGUGCACUUCGAAACCUCGCUAUACCAGUUGUUAACAAGGUUCAAAUGCUGGAGGAAGGUGUGGCAGAUCGGAUUCAGGCACUUCUAAGGUCAGAGAUGCCUCCUGUGCAGUUUAAACUUCUUGGAACACUACGGAUGUUAACAGAUGGUCAAGCUGAUGCGGCUGAAAUCUUGGGCCAAGACCCCAUGCUGCUCAACAGGCUUGUGCAGUGGUGCAAUGCUAACAACCACACCGGCAUUUGUGGAGAGGCGAAUCGGCUGCUAGCAUCAAUCCUGCGUCACAACAGAUCCCAAGAAGUGGUCAAAGCCAUCCAGGAGGCACAAGGAGUGAAGCAUCUGGUUUCCAUGACAACAAGCGAACAUGCUGCCACGCAGAAUGAGGCUCUGAAUGCCUUGGCAAUAGCAUCUGCAAUCGAUCUAGAAACCCUUGAAGGAUCUUUUAAGGAAUCACAGCUAGUUCAAAGCUUACACAAACUUCUACAAGAUGAUAAUACAAGUCCUGAGGUGAAAUAUAAUUCAAUGGGUCUUUUGUGCAGUCUUCUUAAUUCAGGUGAUCUGAGACAAGAAAUAGAAGAGGACAAGAUUAAAGAAACCCUCGAACAGCUCUGCAGUCACAGUAACGCAAAUGUGGUCAAGGAAGCUGUCACAACUUUGCAGGUUUUGAGAGGAGAGGCACCCCACUAAUGUCCCUUCUUCCCUGUAGCAACCCUGCGCUGCUGCUGAGGCAAAUGCAAUAAAACACCAGCUUUGCCAACCCUAUCUUGCAUUUGUUAUGCUGACGCAUAACCAACACUACUGAAGUCCAGAUACAGCUCCUGCUUUUAAAGAUGUACAUACAAAAACAACCCCUCUCAUUUGCUCAUCUAUUUGGCCUACAAAUACUUGCAUCACUGCUGCGCUUCACCAAGCCACUAACACACAGCAGCAGGAAUAAAGUCUGUCAAGCAAGUGGUCUUAGAAAACAUCCCAUGAGAAGCAUCAGGCAGUUACCACUUCUGUAACCCAGUUUUAAGCUGCUUGGUUUUGUAAAACCAGGAUAUCAUUUGCAAAUUUUUCUUAUAUCAACAGGACUUUAAAACCACUACCAAAAAAUCUCAAGCUUAUAUCACGCAAGCUGAAACAUCAGAGUUUUAGGUUACGUGAAAGCUGUAGCUUAAACAAUGCAAAGGGUCCAACCGUUAACAUGUUAAAUCCACCAAAACUGUACCUUUAAACCAACUCCCCCUUCAACUUCCAAUUUAAAGCUCAUCUCUGAGUUUUUACCUCCUAGUGUCACCAGCUAUAUUCCUAAGUAUCUGAGGUCAGUCAGAUACUUAGGAAUUUCAGAGUUGCAGGUAUUGUGAUCUGGAAUGAGACUCAGUAGAAGUAAAAUUUACAUGAAACUGCAAAGUCCACACAAUGCUUGGACAAGAAACAAAUUAAAGCUAGUUAGAAUUACAAGUGGGCACACAUGAAUAUUUGGAAACAGCAGCUGGUAUUUCCUUAAUUUAUCUCUGGUAAGAGAGCCUAGGUUUAACUUUAGAUAAUGAAAAACUGUAGUAAACCAAAUGUUUCUGAACAUUUCUGCAGAAACCUUUCAUAUUUAAAAAUGGUCACUUGAUAAAAAAGGUAAGAACAGGACCUAUUGCACAACUUGUUCUUAUGGGAACUUUUUGAAGCAGUUGUAUGUCACAGAGUCACACUGUCAAGACACAGGAGAUCAAAUUGUUAAACCCUGUAGUGGUAGAUACCGAAGAGCUAGGGACCAAUGACUUUUUUAGCCAGCAGUUGGAAAAGUACUGACCUUUAAAAAAAUUGUUAUAAAGCAGAAAAUAUUAAAGUCAACAAGGCAUCCUGUUCUCAAACAAUUUGAGUAUAACUGGAUUAUGUCUGCAAACAAACGUUACAACUUUCUUCCUGCAAAAGCUUUCCCACCUGCAAAACAUGUUAGCAGUAUUUAGCCCACUAUAUUUGACACCAAAUAUCACUUUCAGGAGUACUCUUGAGAAAGGGCAUUUCAUAAAACCACCCAAACAAGUCACUUGGUGAGUAACAUACAAGCAGGUUUUGACCACAGAGUAGGAAAAAAAGAAAAAUCAAGAGCUGAACCACAUACUGUUUUCUCUAGCUUAAAGCACGCAGUGAUAUGGGCAUCCCACACAUUUCCAAUGUCAAAAUGAGAAAAGAAAUUGCUUCAGACAAUCGUAACUUCAGAAUAAGAUCUGCAGUUGUACCUAAACCAGGCAUUAGUAUAAGAUACAUCAGGAUCUAUUGUAAGUUCUAUAUAUACACACACCAAAUAGCUACGUUCAAGUUAAGUCACUCUUACCAGAAAUCAUCCAACCUUAACAUUCUACAUUAUCCAAUUCCAGAUACUGCAUGAUUUUAAUAUAGCCACUAUUGGUUAAAUGUUUCUCUGACCUUAUUAAAAUUAAAAUCAGGUUUUAAUGCAUUAAAGAAAUGUUAAAAUGGUCAAAGCAGCAGACACAAACCUAUUUCUGCAAGCCUUAUCUUCAAAUCUGGAAGUUACUUCCCUUCUGCACUUUGCAGUAGUUUCAGGAACCUUGCUUGGACACAACAAACCAUAGACUGUGCAAAUCACAAGACAACUGCGGAUAGUGGCAGUCAAAGUGCAAACAGCAGUUUUAACUUUUUGGGUGUCCAGAGACUUAGUGAUUUCUCUACACCAUUCUGCAGCUCUUCACUUGUUCACAGCUUUCCAUUAACAAUGGAGGGAAAAGCAACAGUGUUAUCUAUUAUUCAGCAGCCCAGACUGAAAAAAAAAUAAUCAAGAAUUAGUUUCAGCAAAAUAUACACACGAACACCAGUGGACUUUUACCAUUUUUGUAGUUAUCCACAAAUUCCAGUCUCAGUAGCCAGUCUAAACCUUAGAGAGGGAAAUACUAGCGACUAGAAGCAACAAAUCUUAGAAAUCAAACUCCAGGAGUACAAAACAUUAAAUUUUAUUUAAUCAAAUUUAAGGCUUGAGAAAAAAAAAAUAUACUGAAAGUCAUUCAGAAAAAGCCAUCGCAGAAGAGACAGAACCUCCCCUUCCACUGGCUAAACAAUGUUCAAGCUGCAUGAUAACUCACAGCAGCAGGGGGAAGGAAGAGGAAAGGAUGAAAUGGGGAGACAAAAAACAAGGCAAUUCUAC